CUCCCGCAGGACGCCAGCCAUGAUCGGCUGCUCCUUUGUGGUCAACAGGAAGUUCUUCGGUGAAAUUGGUCUUCUGGACCCAGGGAUGGAUGUGUACGGAGGAGAAAACAUCGAACUUGGAAUCAAGGUGUGGCUCUGUGGGGGCAGCAUGGAGGUCCUUCCUUGCUCCCGGGUGGCCCACAUUGAGCGGAAGAAGAAACCAUACAACAGCAACAUUGGCUUCUACACCAAGAGGAAUGCUCUCCGGGUUGCUGAGGUCUGGAUGGAUGACUACAAGUCUCAUGUAUACAUAGCAUGGAACCUGCCACUGGAGAAUCCAGGAAUUGACAUAGGCGAUGUCUCUGAAAGAAGAGCAUUAAGGAAAAGUUUAAAGUGUAAGAAUUUCCAGUGGUACCUGGACCACGUUUACCCAGAAAUGAGAAGAUACAAUAACACCAUUGCAUAUGGGGAGCUUCGCAACAACAAGGCGAAAGACGUCUGCUUGGACCAGGGGCCUCUGGAGAACCACACGGCAAUACUGUACCCCUGCCAUGGCUGGGGGCCACAGCUUGCCCGCUACACUAAGGAAGGCUUCCUGCACCUGGGCGCCCUGGGGACCACCACGCUGCUCCCUGAUACCCGCUGCCUGGUGGACAACUCCAAGACUCGGCUGCCCCAGCUCCUGGACUGCGACAAGGUCAAGAGCAGCCUGCACAAGCGCUGGAACUUCAUCCAGAAUGGAGCCAUCAUGAAUAAGGGCACAGGGCGCUGCCUGGAGGUGGAGAACCAUGGCCUGGCUGGCAUUGACCUCAUCCUCCGCAGCUGCACGGGACAGAGAUGGACAAUCAAGAACUCCAUCAAGUAGGGGAGGAGCAGGAGCCCCGGAGCCUGGCCCCCAGCACAGGGUCUGUCCGUCCUCUGGAGCAGCCACACUGGUCGAGACAGCUAGGGGCAAACAUGUGCUUGCUGGGCCUCCCAGGGCUUCUCCAGGGCAGCACCGGGGCCUGGAUGGAGACUUUAUGUCCCCUUAAGCAUUCAGCUGCCCACAAGCCUGCACCCUGGAAAAGCCCCCGACCCCUUCUCUGGGGAGCCAGGAGCUGUGUCUUCUGUAGCCCUGGCUGUGGGCCUGGUACCAAGGAGUGAGACUGUGCAUAUCUCUUCCUCAUCAGCACCCACCCCAGCAUCAGGAUCUGGGACUGGCAGGGUCCCCUCCUCAUCCUCGUCCUUUGCAGCAGCAGCAGCUUCCAAGUUCCACCCCAGCCCUCAGUGAAGUGAGGGGUGGCGGGAGCUUCAGCCACCUCCUAGCUCCCCCUCAGAGGAGGCAGCAAGACUCAGACUCAGUUUCCUCUAAGGUUGCUUCUGCCCAGAUUCCUGUUCACACCCCACGGCAGCCGCCAUCCCCAAACCUUCCCAUCGGGGUGGUUUUGGAGGCUACAGCUCUGGACUUUGCUGGACCUUCCCUGCGAUGGCCUGGAUGGAGCUGAGGCUUUCUCUCUGGUCACCGGGGCACCAGGCUCCUGGUAGUGUGCUCGGGCCAGCGCUCCUGGCUGCAUUGGAGGGAGCUGGAGACAGAAAUAGGCUGAGAGCACAGGGCGGGCUGGGCUGGAGCCAGGCCGAAGGAGCCCUGGCUCACGGAGGCACUCCGGGCACGCAGCAGGGCCUCUGUUAGAACGUCAGGGCUGAAGCCAGCACAGCACAGGGCACCAGGAAGCGGGAAGAUGCUUUGUGCUCAUCCCAUCAAACCCCACGCUGUGCUGGCUGGCAGGGAGCAGGCAGUCGUUUCCUCUCUUUAGAGUAAUACUUUUUUCCGAUUGCCCUCUGGUUAGGGUGCACUUAUAAAUCAGAGUUAAUAUAUGGACGUGUGUGCAUGCACCUGAGUGUGUGGCUGUGUGCUGUGUGUGGCGGGUGUGUGCAGACACGUGUGUGCACAUGCAUGUGCCUGGUGUGUGUGGGAGCAUGUGGUGGAGCAGACAUGGCCGUGUGGCCUUGGGCUUGCUGCUUAAUUGCUCGUCUGGAUGGGGACAAGGCUUCAGAGUGGUGCGUGGGGUUGGCCCCAUGUCUCUGCCUGGAGGACAUAGCUCGGCCUCGCCUGGCACAGCACCCAGGUGGAAGUCUGUCCCUCUGCUGGUCCCCAUCUCUCUCCCCUGUGAUGUCCCUGCCCAACCCCUGCCCAGAAGCAACCCUGUAGUUGCCCAGUUGCCCAGUGUGGGGUCACAGUGUCUCAUUGGUGGCAUCUUAUUGGUGAUCACGCCCUUCCCCAUCUCCACCUUGUGAAAUAAACAUGUUAGCACUCCCCUAA